GCAAGGUGAAGGGAGCCCUCUGCUGAUGACUCAGAUAAAAGUUCACAGUUCCAGGCAAGGUGCAUUUGUAUUUCAGUGGGGACUCAUGCACUGGAAAAGCUUUCCAAAAUUAAAGAAUGAGUUUCUGAUGGAGGAAUUUCAGACACAAUGAGUGAAUGAUAACGAGUGGGGGAGAUAUAUCAAUGCAAGGGGUCCAGGUCCCAUUGCCCCAUUAAUAGUGGCUGGAAAGCUGCAUGGAGAGGGAAGAAAUCUGGGAUCCACCAGACUGCCCAGCACAUCCUGCUAAUUAACAGCAAUGUCAAGCAAGAAAAAACGAAAGCUACGUUCGAGGAACUCAGGCAGCCCAGUACUGUAGACGUCUCUAGGACACCCCAGCAAAGUGCUAAGGCUUCCGGGCGUACUCCAGUGCAACCACCCUACCUCGAGACGCACUUGAUAUGCGAAUAAGUGGAUUGGGUCUUCAGACCACCAGAAUCGUGCAGGGGCGCGGAAGACUACCGCGCUUGGCAGCUCCAAAGACCGGACAUUUCUGAUUCAUUUGCAUCACUGAAGAGCAUCUCUAGAAGAGGAAGGAAAAGAUGGGUGUGAAAACAUUUACUCAUAGUUCCCCUUCCCACAGCCAGGAGAUGCUUGGAAAGCUAAAUAUGCUUCGAAAUGAUGGACAUUUCUGUGAUAUCACUAUUCGUGUCCAGGACAAAAUCUUUCGAGCACACAAGGUGGUACUGGCAGCUUGCAGUGAUUUCUUUCGCACCAAACUUGUUGGCCAAGCAGAGGAUGACAGCAAGAAUGUAUUGGAUUUGCAUCAUGUGACAGUCACUGGAUUUAUACCCCUUUUGGAGUAUGCUUAUACAGCAACUCUGUCAAUUAACACAGAAAAUAUUAUUGAUGUCUUGGCUGCAGCCAGCUAUAUGCAAAUGUUUAGUGUUGCCAGCACCUGCUCAGAGUUCAUGAAAUCAAGCAUUUUAUGGAAUACACCCAACAACCAACAAGAAAAGGGACUAGAUGCUGGGCAAGAAAACAAUUCUAACUGCAAUUUUACCUCUCGAGAUGGUAGUCUUUCUCCAGUGUCUUCAGAAUGCAGUGUGGUAGAAAGGACCAUUCCUGUCUGCCGAGAGUCCCGGAGAAAGCGUAAAAGCUACAUAGUUAUGUCUCCUGAAAGUCCACUUAAGUGUAGCACACAGACAAGUUCUCCCCAAGUGCUAAAUUCUUCAGCUUCCUAUUCAGAGCCUAGAAACCAACCAGUUGACUCUUCCUUAGCUUUUCCUUGGACUUUUCCAUUUGGAAUUGAUCGAAGGCUUCAGUCAGAGAAGGUUAAACAGGUAGAAAAUCCCAGGACUUUAGAACUACCGGGCCCAUCUGAGGCAGCUAGAAGAAUGACUGAUUAUGUGACAUGUGAGAGUACAAAGGCUAAUUUGCCUCUGGUUACUGAAGAGGAUGUACGGGUCAAAGUGGAAAGGUUAAGUGAUGAGGAAGUUCAUGAGGAAGUGUCCCAGCCUGUCAGUGCAUCUCAGAGUUCCCUGAGUGAUCAGCAAACAGUGCCAGGAAGUGAGCAAGUUCAGGAGGAUCUUCUAAUUAGUCCCCAGUCUUCUUCUAUAGGCUCAGUAGAUGAAGGAGUCACUGAAGGACUACCUACACUUCAAAACACCUCCAGCACUAAUACUCACGCAGACGAUGAAGAUCGAUUGGAAAAUGUUCAGUAUCCCUACCAACUCUACAUUGCUCCUUCUACCAGCAGCACAGAACGACCAAGUCCAAAUGGUCCAGAUAGGCCUUUUCAGUGUCCAACUUGUGGGGUCCGAUUCACCCGCAUUCAGAACCUUAAGCAGCACAUGCUUAUCCACUCAGGCAUUAAACCAUUUCAGUGUGACCGCUGUGGGAAAAAGUUCACCCGGGCUUACUCGCUAAAGAUGCAUCGCCUAAAGCACGAAGGUAAACGCUGUUUCCGGUGCCAGAUAUGUAGUGCCACUUUCACUUCCUUCGGGGAAUAUAAACACCACAUGCGGGUUUCCCGGCACAUUAUCCGCAAGCCUCGGAUUUACGAGUGCAAAACUUGUGGCGCCAUGUUCACCAACUCUGGAAAUUUAAUCGUUCACCUGAGGAGUCUGAACCAUGAAGCGUCAGAGCUAGCAAACUACUUCCAGAGCAGUGAUUUCCUAGUACCGGACUACUUAAACCAGGAGCAGGAAGAGACCCUAGUUCAGUACGAGCUUGGAGAACACAGUUUUGAAAGCAAUUCGUCUGUCCAAAUGCCCGUCAUUUCACAGGUCUCAUCAACUCAGAAUUGUGAAAGCACUUUUCCCUUGGGGUCUCUUGGUGGUCUGACAGAAAAGGAGGAAGAAAUGCCAGAGCAGCCAAAGACCAGUGCCAGUACUGAGACAAUUAGAGAUGACCCCCCAAAAUUGGAGCUAUCUUCUAUUACUAUUGAAUAAUUUCAUGUUUUGGCGUUGUUUUUGUUAUGUUUUGUUUUGUUUUAGAAAGUGCCUGUGCUUGGUUCUGUACAUUUUUUAAUUUAAUUUUUUAAAGAAGAAAGGGUGUACUGGGGGGAACAUCCUUUUUACUUUGUAGCUAUGCUUUAAACAGAAAAUUGCAACAGGUGUCAUUUUUCAUGACAAAGAGGUCACUCUAAAACUGAGUGGUACAGUAAGAUCAUGUCAAAUCAAAAUAGAAGCUGUGAUACACUUAAGGAAAACUGACUCAAAACACUUAGUAAUUUCUUCUUCCACCAUUACUGUAGGUUGCCUCUUAUCUGCAAGCCAUUGGGGAAAGAAGAGAGCGGAAGACUUUUAAUCUGACUAAAAUGCAAAUAUAUGCCAGAAAUAUAUUACCAUACAGACCAAUAUACUAAGUAGAUACUUAUCACUCUACUUAGGACCUUGAACAAUAUUUUGUAGAGCCUGCUGUUUUCUUGAACUGUUUACAAGUAAAGUUUUUGUUUGGAAAUUAUUAUGGUAAAUAUUUCUGAAACUUAACAAAAUUGCCUUUUUGAAGCUUUGUCAUUCUUUUUUUAUGAUACUCCAUCCUUUAAUGUUUCACACUUCUCCAGAUGCAUAUUUCUUGCUUAUGUGGAGGUCUGCAAGAAACUAUGAUUUUUCUUUUAAGUCUAGUUGUACAUUUAGAAAUUGAGAGAUAAGGAAGGAGAAUAAUAUACAUCCUGUCCUAAAAGAAACUAGUCUACACAUCUUCAUGCCAUAAUUUUUGGCUGAAAGCUUGUUUACCUGACCUAUGACCGUUGAUGUUUGGUUUAUUAAGUGGUUUAUUGUCCAAUCCGUUUUCUUCCUACCCCAUCUUCAGUUGUAUUUUAUUUUUCAAAUACUGGCCCAGCAGCAAAUUUAUUGAAGGUAAAAUAUUGGAGUCUUUUGUGUUUAUACAUAUGUAUGUAUACUGUUGGUGAUUUUUAUUAUUCUGUUUGGGAUAAAACAAGGAAUUCUCUGUAGAGGCCAAGUUCUUAAACCCAACAGGGGGCUGUUUACAGAAAGUCUGAUAAAUUAUCUUUUUUCCAAAAUAUUUUAAACUAUUGCCAGGUUUGUUAAAGGCAGCAGUUACUAGAGCUUAUACAGACACUUAAAGCAAUAAAGUAAGAAGUUUGUGGUUCCAUUUUUUUUUUCUAGCUUUAAAAAAGUCUCAAUUGGAACUGAUGGUCUUAUAUUCAUGAAGGCAUCUACAAAGAUCUGACAAGUGUAGUUAGAGUAACAGUAACAUUAGAGCAUUAGAUUUGUGGGUAUUCCUCAUGCUGCUGUGGUAUUCGACUCUCCCUGAGUCAGAAUUGAAGCUUUUGUGAUGCUAGUGAUUAAUCUAGUGCCAUUAAAGCAUCACUGGUCUUGAGCCUCCAAAGAAAAUGUAUAUUGAUUUCCCAGGGUUAUGAAAUUUGAAGUAAUCCUUUGUUUCUGCAUAUGGUUACCGAAAAUAAAUUAUAAAAUCACUUGUGUAGAAUAUGAAAAGGAAAUGCAGAAACAAUACCCUGUUUAAAAAGUAAAAUAUCUGCAUUGUUGUCAGGUGCUGGGCAGUAAAUGUAGAAUUAUUUUUCAUAGAAAUAUGCUAAUUUCAUUGGACUAGUUUCCAUUUCAAAAAUUGGCUAAUUCAGUGUCUAAAUUUAAUCAUAUUUUGAGUUGUUUCUCUUUCAUGGCUUUCUUUAUGAAGGUAGAAAUGCUAUAAGAUUAUACAUUAUAUUCCUUUAUAACAGUCAGAACUUACAUAAUUUCUUCUGAAAGAGUUUAACAUUAAGUAUUUUCUAGUUUUUACAAACACAAAGAUAGGCAAAGUUAAAUCAUGCAGUUUUUUCUUAGAAUAAAGGUACUUGCUCAACCUUCUUCAAAGUGUUUUUACCUCAUCUUCCAAUCUUGCUUCCUGCUCCCUACCUUGCUUCCAUGAAGCCAAUUUUGUUCCCAAUUAUAGGGCUUACCUUUGAACUUUUUAGGAAGAUAAGUUAAAUAGUAUACCGCUAGUUACGCUUUUUGCUGACUGGGUUGAGUUACUUUUUGCAACAGUUUGUCAUCUUUUUGAAACAGUACUACAUCCAUACUAAAGAAAAUAGGCUUUUAAAAUUUCUUUUAAUGUAUUGUCCUAUCUUUUUCUGUUACAUAAUAAGUGAAACUUAGUUUCUUUUUAAAUCAAAGGCAAAAAGUGAACCUCCCCCUUCUUCCCCACCAAAAAAUCAAGGAGUUAAUAGUGUUCCAUUUUUUUGAAUGGGGAAAAGUGAUAAAGUGUCUACAGUGAAUAUGAAGCAUUCAUUUCUACCUUCUUUUGACAUUUUAGUAUCUCUUCCUUUUUUAUUUAAUGUCUAUGCACAGCUACAGAGGGAAAAAGUAGUGUUUAGGGUAGAAGGAAGAAGUAGGUGGAAUUCAAUAAUUCUGUCCAAGCUUCCUAUCCUCCUGUCCCAAGAACUGAGCAAUAAGGUAAGAGAGCUCUACACAGUAGUUGCUCUCAAGGCAGGCUGGCUAUAUUCUCCAUGUGAGAUAAGCAACACUGGAUACUCUGUACAAUUGGAAAUUUCAGAUGUCCAGAUUUCCAGGUUUGUGUAAAUUUUAACAACAGCCUCUUAAACUUCACUAAUUCCCUACUACUUCCAUUGCCCUCUCUUCCCCACCUCACCAAAAAAACAACUUAUACUAGGUAUUUAGCAGAUAUUUUGUAUGAGAACAUUUAAAUGAAAUCUUUGGUUUUUGAGGGGAAAGGUAGAUAAUGUCACUGAAAUACAUUUGGUACAAGGAUAUUUGGCUUUUAGAAAAUUAAGCUAUAGAAUUAUUGCAGAUAUCAUUAUGUUUAUUUCUAGUUUUCUUAAUUUCUCUAAAAAAGGCCUGGAAGCAAUUUUUAUCAUUAAUUUGUAGGAGAGUAUACACGUGGGUGAAAAUACCAGUGCUUGUUUUGUUUUUCCACAGAAAUUACCACCACAAUACUUAAGCAUCGGAAUGUUUUCAUUUAGAUUAUUUAAUAUAGCUAUCUUUUUUAUGUCCCCCCAAUAGUGCUAUGUUUUAAUGGGCUUAAAGUUUUAGGGUGUAUCAUAAAAUGUCUUUUUUUAAACUAAGGGUUUUAUAUAAGAAAAGCUUUUCAAUCUACUAAAUAAGUCUAGUGUACAUUAGAAAUGAGCAAAGGUGCUCAUUACUAACCCCUUGAUGCCAGGUGUCACAGCUACAUUAGCUCAUUUUGUCUUAAUUCUGUUCUUUCCAUUAGCGUUGGUGAAAGUUCAAUGUAUGCCAUUAUGCAUAAUAUGUCUUGGUCAGCCCUUUAGCCCUAGUCCACAGAAAGCGUUACAGUCAUUUUAACAUCAUCAGUGUUGUUCUUUCCAGUAUUUAAGUUGUAAAUCCAUGUAGGAAAGGGGGAUGUAUCCAAUCUUGGGGCUAGGGGGCAGAGAAGAAUUGGUAUUCUGUUCCUGUGUUUUACGUUUUAAUUUUUCUAUAAGAGGUUGUAGAUGGGGAGUCUUAAAUGUUAUCAAUUAUUAUGAUGACACAAUUUCAAAAAAAUUUAAUAAGUUGUUGGACUACUCUUAAUUUGAAUUUUAAAUAAUAAGACAUAUUUAAUCAAUCCACUUAAAGUUCUCAAGUGCAAGUUGACUUAAGGGGGUAAAAAUGUUUGGGUGGUUAACCAAAGUUUGUUUAGUCUUAUACUUUAUUAUGCAAAAAUAUUUCAAAUUCAAUUCUGGAUCACAGUAAACAUAGCUCCAUAUGUGUCCUUUAAUUCUUUGAAACAAACCAAAAUCUGCUAUCUGCUAAAAUAUUUUCAGUAGGUUAAAUCUAAUAGAAUGUUUAGCAAGCUUAAUUUACUGUUAAUUACUCAAUGAAAUUAUGCCUCCUGAGCCAAAUUCUUACAGUACAUACAUUCUUGACUAAGAGGAACUUCUUAGAAACUAAUUUAGCUUUUUCAGUCUCUAGGGUUAAACUAUUAUUGAUCUUAUUGGCCUAAGAGUUAGUGCAGUAACCAAAGCUAUAGAAGGAUCUUGUUUACUGGUUCUCAUUGUGAAGAUUAUUUUGUAAUGCUUUGGUCUUUGUGAUUUAUUGUAACCAGCCCCUCCCCCAAAGUAUUUACCAUUUACAACAUAAUGCAGUAGCCUUUCUGCAGUUGUGGUAGUACAUAAAGAAGUUUAUCUUUAACUAAAGUGUUUUUUGGUUUAACUGAGGAAUUUAGGAUGUGGUUAAAAAUCAACUUAUUGACAUCUCUGUCAUGCUUUAAAAAGACUGUCUCAUGUGAGUGUAGUUAAAUAAUUUUUCAAAUAAUUACAUGGAUAUGAAAGUAUUACCAUUAUGAAGUAGAUAACUGAAAGAAAUUAUCAAAAUGACAUCUCCUUUUCAUUUAUGAUUGACUUAAAAUACUCAAAUACUAACUUAGUUUCCCUUCCUUAAGCAGUAAAACAAAAUUACAAAGAUAUGAAAAAAAUGUUAUUUUGGAAUAUAUACUUUGAGAAGUUUAUAAUGCUAUGAAUAGGUCCCAUAGGCUUCUUAAAUAAGUUAUCAAAUUUUUAAAACAUUAAAUUGGGUCUCUAUUAGUCCAUACCUGAUUCCCCCUUUUGUUUUCAAAGUUGUUUGACAAUGUAGCUUUUUAUUUGUACUUUCUUAGGAAUCCCCCAGUUAACCUAACCAUAUUUAGUAGGCAAUAAAGAUUCCAGGUAAAAGACAUUACUUUGAAUUAACUAUUCACUGGACCAGUGUCAGAUUCAAUGAAGAGAAGCAUCUCUGACAUUAUCAUUUUACAAAAUGUUCAAUACAACUAAGGCCCUAACUUAUUUGAGGCUAUAGCAGUUUGUGGGAGAAUUGUUAAUGGAAGUCUUACUUUCUUUUUCAGAAGAAAACUUUGUAUGUUUAACCUUCCGAUUCCUUUUUACACUCAAGCUAGUCACUGCAUUUUUCUGUUUUAUAAUAAACUGAUGCUCUUAGACACAUUUAUUACAUAAUGAAUAUAGUUUUUGUGGUAGAAAAAAAGUCCAAAAGGAUUGAGUUUGUGAAAGUGAGAUUCUUAAAACAGAAAAACUUUUACUAACUUACACACUAAAUUCUCCUGAGAUAACAUUUCUAUGUUUGUACAAGUAGUAAUAUAUUCAUAGCCUUCAUCCAUAUAAUGCUGCUGAGGUACAUAAUUUGAGAUUGUCAUAACAAAGUUCAUUUCGUGCCUCAGUAACUAAGUUCCCCUCUGUAGGUUCCAAGUGGUAUCUACCUUAUGCCAAAUUUCACUCUAUAGCAAAUACUGUUAUAUUGAAGUUCUAGUGUACAUAAUAAUAGUUUAUAAAGAGCUUAGGAAUUCAGAUAACUGUAUUCAUACUUUUGAAAAAUAAUUUUUUGGUCAUUUAAUUUUGAAGUGCCUGAUUUAAAACAAUUUUUUCAGUUGCUAGCUCUCUCUUUUCAAUUGACUGCAUUUAUUGGUUAGGCUUCUAGUCUAGAUUUUAAGUAUGAUCUUUUGACAUACUAUCACUUUGUUCAUUCAGAUUUUAGUUUUGUGAUUCUUAAAAUUCCUUGGUUCUACACACACACACACACCAAUUUCUAACCAUAGCUGAAUUUCAUGAUGCAGUUUAAGGAAACCCUCUCCUUUUAUGCUGGACAAGUUAAAAAUCUCAUUGAUGAAUGCUCACAUACCAAAGUACAUCUGAUGAGGGAGAAAUGUUUCUUCCCUGCUUUGAGGGAACACUAAUCAUCUCCCUCUUGAUGUACAUUAAGUUCCUGUUAGCAUUACUAGAAGCUGUUCAUUUUAGGAGAAGCAGUCUGUCUCUAGGCCCAUAGGAGCAGAUACUUAUAGCAAAAAUCUCUGUUGUAAAAUUAUAGAUGUUGUGUUUCCUUAGGCGGCUUAUUCUGAUUAUCAAUUUAAUUCUCGUGUUGACAUGCUAUCUUAAAGUCUCUCAUACUGAGAGAAUAGCAAAGUUUGAAAAUUGCACUGCUUUUCAACUUUCAGGUGCCUGAUAUGAAAGGAAUAAGACCACGAACUUUGUUCAUUUUUUUUUUCCUAACAAGUAAUGGCUUCCAAUGCUUAUUAUUACAAGAGAUUUUAAAACAUUGUUUUAAACUUCAAAAAAAAAACCAACCCUAUGAUCCCCCAAAACCAAGUUUUGGUCUAAGUUUCCAAGACUAUUUAAUUUCACUGAUUUCUGGUGCCUCGUGGUGCAUCAGAUAUUGCCUGCCUCUUUUUAGGGCAUCUUUGUGGCACCUUAUAUCCAACCUGGAGGAUAGUAUAUGUCUCAAUUGUACAUAUACCAUCUUUUCAAAAGCCAUUUUAUAAAAGUCCUAGUAUUUUAAUAUUUAAAUAUAUAUAUUUGUGAAAGAUACUUUUAGAAUGGACCCCUUUUUUUUAAAAUUUAAAAUUCUCAUUUUUUUAGAAUAAAAUGAACUUUCCAAGACUCUAAUUGUCUUUCUCUAUAGCAACAUAAAAAGAUAGUCAAAUUGAGAUCAAAGGCCAUAAUCUGACUAUCAUAGAAGAAAUCGGUGGUGGUUAAUGCAAAACAUUAUGAAAAGCAAUGACCCUUAAAGAGACACAUGAAAACGAUUCAUGAUUUUAAUGCAAGAGAACUAGAUUUUUAUAUAAAAGUGUGCUGCUUUUUUUUUUUUAAUGAUUUCAUAUUAGCUGCCAUAGUAGCUCAGUGUUUUACAGAGCUAACAGGUCUGGCCCCACCAAAAAAAAAUAAAAACUAGAUUAAAAACUAUACCCCACUGUCUUCCAGAUGGGUGACUGUUUUGUUUAACUGAUGCAUGCUUUAAUAUUUUGCCUAUAUCCCUGGCAACAAGGAAAUUUGGGGGUGGUUUUCUUAACCCUGCCAUUUUAUGACUUUCUGGGCACUGGCAGUUUGUGAAACCCUUGAAAUAUAGGGUAUUGCUGGAGGGAAAAUGUGAAUUAAAUUAUGUAGGUGGGUGGUGUUGUGUAUUCUCCCACUUCUUCCCUCUCCUCCCCCCCAGCUCCUAGCAACAGUAAAACUUUUAACUGUGCCAGUCCCCAAUCACCAGCUGUAUGUCCAAUUGUCAUCUCAUUCAAAUAUAGCUUCUUUUGGUGACAGUGGCCACAACUAAGUUACUUGGCAUGUUUGACUUUCAACAACAGAAAUAGUUUUUGUUUUGCUUUUGUUUAAUGUGUACAAUGUUUAAAAAUUCACAUUUUAUAUACUAGUAUCUGGCUAUUAGUAUUUUUCAGGAACCAUAGUUCUUGGUGGCUAUAUAUGUGUAUAUAUACAUAUAUAUAUAUAUAUAUUUUUGUGACUUUUUUUGUAAACUAAGUGCCGUUUGAACGUUACAAUCAUUUUUAGAGUUGUUGUAAUCAAUGUGAAUAUCAUGUUUUUUCAAAUCUGUUCUGAGCCUGUAGUGUUUGCUUUGUGAUCCUACGUGUACUGUAUAUAUUCUGUAUAAUAACAUUGUACCGAAAUACUAGCUUGUUUGAUAUAAGGAGAGUUAUGUAUUGAGUACUUUUUUUGCUAGCCUGGUUGUUUAAUCUUUAAAAAAAAAAAAAGUUUUGAAAUACAAAAAGAAAAAAAUUUCUCCAAACUGGUCCUUAUUGAGGUCCAAAAUUGAGGUGCAGUUGGGCAAAAAGGGCAGGGAAACACUAGUUUUUGAGUGUCUUUGGAUAGAAACAUGAGGCUAAGAUUUUUUCAUUAAAAUAUAUUAUUAAUGUUUUAUGGAGUAAA